UCCGCAGCCCGGAGCCUCCCAGUCCUCUCGCUGGGACCGAGCCUCUGCCGAGCCGCCCCAACUCCCGGGCGCCCGGCGCCAGCGCGGACCGGGAAGGCCGACGCCGGCUUGCCAGGGCCGUCAGCACCGAGGGGCCCGGCCGGGACCAGGCAGCGCCGGGCCCGCUGCCCAGGCGCCGCCCGGCCGCACAAUGGGGCGCGGGCCGUCCCCCAACGCCUCCGCGCCCGGCGCCCGGCCCCGCUCCGGCGACUAGGCCCCGCCGCGCUCCGCUGCCCGGCCCUCGCGUAGCGGCGGCGCCGGGAAGGGAUGGGCCGAGGCGGGCGCCGGCCGAGCAGGGGUAGCGGAGCGCGGCCGGGCUGGGGGCCCGAGCCGGGCGGCACGGCGCCGCGGUGCCUCACCAUGUUGGUGUCCUCCGGACCUCUCCCCUCCUCCUCCGGCUCCGCAGCGAAUGGACGGCGGCGGCGGCGGCGGCGCCUCUCACGGGCUCGCCGGGCUCCCGCUCAUGCGCAGUGCGGCGGCCCGCGGAGCGGCCGGGCCGCGGGAGGCGGAGGGCGCGGGCCCCGGGGUGGGCGGCCUGGCCUGCGGGCAUCCGUGGUGCGAGCAGCCGGGCGACCCGGCCGCCGGGGCCGAGGCCAUGCGCCGAGCCCCGCGCGGCGGGCGACUGCGAGCGCGAGCGGGGCGCCGGCCGGCGCGUUGGCACUCGGGGCGGCGGGGCCCUGUCUGCGCCCCCACUCCGGGCGCCCCGGUCACGGCCGCGUCCUGUCCGCCGUGCGCUCCUAAUAGCUCCAAGGCAGAGUUCCCGGCUCCAACCACAGAGAAAAUGGAAACAUUUUUACAGUUGAGAAGAGUCAAUAUUGAGCGGUAGCACUGUCAAGCACAAGACUGGGAAGCUCCUGUCUAAUGAACAAUCUCAACCAGGUUUUACCGUACACUUUCAUGUGGGAAGCUGACGUGAAGUACCAGGACUUGGGGUGCCACAGAGCCCUGGGGUCAACCCCAGCAUUACAACGCGGCCUUCCUGCUGGAGGUCCCAGUUCAACUCUGGAGGCCGGUCUACCAAGCUUCCAGAGUGAAUGUAGUGUUUGCGAGAGCCAGGAGCUACUGGCCUACAGUCUAACACUUGUCCUUCUUCAGCUUUAGGAAAUGGCGACAGUGUGUUCGGCUGCGACACUGCUGAUGAUAAUUUCAGUCUGUUCAGAAUGGCAGUGCUGGUGAAUGAACGCAGGACUUCACCGUAUGUGAAGAAGGUUUUCUGUUACAGCCACAGUGGAAUUGGUAUGACUUAAUGUAUUGGGGAGGCCAGAUAACUACCCCAAAGAAAUUAGAUCGUCUUCAGCUACUAAUGUCUGUAUCCUGCUGAAAUUCAUGUUGAAAUAUUAAUCCCAAGGUUUGGGAGCUAGGGUUUCUCGAAGGUGAUUAAUUAGGUCACCAGGGAUCUGUACUGUCACCAAGAAAGCCCAAGGUCCUGUGGCCUUCGACAUGUAGGGACACUGGGAGAAGAAGACGGUCUGUCCACUGUGAUACCAAGAAGCAAACUCACUAGUCACAUGACCCAAGAUUUUCCCAACCUCCAGAACCAUGAAGAAUAAACUUAUGCAGUUUCAUGUGUAUGGAAGUGAGUGCUAAGUAGCAGCCAAGUGAGUGCCCUGACUGCAUCCUUAGACUGUAUCAGAUCACGUGGUUUGCUGGGUAUAGAAAUGUGUACUUGUAAGGAGGAAGGGCAAGACAAGCGCUCUAAGUCUGAGGCCAGCCUGGCUACCCAAUGAAACCCUGUUUCAAAGCCACAAAAACAACUUCCUCUCCAACCUGCACCCCACCCUGAGCCACAUGGGGCCCCAAUACCAGCCUUCCAAACUCAUUUUAACACAUAGGUAAUUAUGUCAUUAUUUCAUGACAAAAUUGUAUGUUUUAAGUUUCACAUUAAAACACUGACUUUUUAGAUAAUGUUUGGUGAACACUCCAUUUUCAUUCUUAAAAAUACAUUCUGAGUUGGGGGUGGUGGCACCUGAGAAGCUGAGAGAGGAUCACUUUGGCCCAGGAUUCAAGAGCAGCCUGGGAAACACAACAUGAUAAAGAGGAGAAAAUGCACUGAUUGGUCCUUUAACUCACCCUCCUAUGUCCUUCUCUCUUUUUUCUCUCUGGCACUGGGGAUUGAAGCCAAGUCCCUGGGAAUGCUAAGUACAUGCUCUACUGAGCUAUGCUCCUAGAUGUGUUCGUUGUGCUUCUUUCUUUUGUUGUGACAGAGUCUUGCUGUGUUUGUUGCCCAGGCUGGCCUCAAAUUCAGGUGACCCUCAGGCCCCAAUCUGCCACGUUGCUGACAUCACAGGCUCACAGAACCAGGUAGGACACACUGUACCAUGAAGUUAACUCUCCCCUCCAAACACACUGUACCAUGAAGUUAACUCUCCCCUCCAAACACACUGUACCAUGAAGUUAACUCUUCCCUCCACACUGUACCAUGGAGUUAACUCUUCCCUCCACACACACUGUACCAUGAAGUUAACUCUCCCCUCCAAACACACUGUACCAUGAAGUUAACUCUCCCCUCCAAACACACUGUACCAUGAAGUUAACUCUUCCCUUCAAAAUAGUGGCCUCAGAGCUGCAGAGAUGGAUAGCGGUUAGAGCGUU